AUGGGCUACUUGCUUCGAAUGCCUGAUUUCGGCCCAUCGUGGCCCAUGAUCAAAGUCGAUUCCCUAUCCAAAUUCCAAGUCUCUCAACACAAAGCUCACACACACACUCUCUCUUUUUCUUCAAUGGCGUCGUCGUUCUCCUCCGUCCUCAGCCACAGUCGAUGCGGCUUAAGUCUCAGGCUUCUCUCCGGAAAGAAGCCCCAGGCUUCCUUUUCCCGGUGCUUCCACCACCGCACCCGACGGACACUCCGAAAAACCAUUCCUCUCACUCUCACUCUCACUCUCUCCAGAAGCUUCUCCCAAGCCCAACUUUCGGAGGGCCCAAGCCUCCGCCACUUCAUCGCUCAAGCUUCUCUCACCGCCUCCGAAGCCCAGCCCAACCAAUUGCCUGCUUCAGAAAUUACUUCAAGAGGGCGUAUCUAUCAUGAGACUUAUGGUUGUCAAAUGAAUAUUAAUGAUAUGGAGAUUGUCCUAUCGAUCAUGAAGAAUGCCGGGUAUAGUGAAAUUGUGCAUGAUCCUGAGAGUGCAGAACUCAUUUUUAUCAACACUUGUGCUAUCAGGGAUAAUGCAGAACAAAGGGUGUGGCAAAGGCUUAAUUAUUUUUGGUUUCUUAAGAGGCACUGGAAGAGCAAUGUUGCUAUUGGAAGGUCACACUCCAUCUGCCCUCCAAAAGUAGUUGUCUUGGGAUGUAUGGCUGAGAGGUUAAAGGACAAGAUACUAGAUGCAGACAAAAUGGUUGAUGUGGUCUGUGGACCUGACGCUUACAGAGACUUGCCACGAUUGUUAGAAGAGGUAGACUAUGGCCAAAAAGGGAUCAAUACUCUUCUUUCACUUGAAGAGACUUAUGCUGACAUUAGCCCAGUUCGAAUCUCCAAAAAUUCAGUUACUGCUUUUGUCUCAGUGAUGAGGGGUUGCAAUAAUAUGUGCUCAUUUUGCAUUGUUCCUUUCACUAGAGGCAGAGAGCGUUCACGCCCUGUAGAGUCAAUAGUGAAGGAGGUGGGAGAGCUUUGGAAAGAAGGUGUGAAAGAGAUAACAAUUCUUGGCCAGAAUGUAAACAGCUAUAAUGAUGCUUCUGGAGAUGAAAAUGAAGUUGAACCAGGAACUAAUUGGAGAUUAAGUGAAGGCUUUUCCAGCACGUGCAAGGUGAAAAAAAUGGGUUUACGUUUUUCUGAUCUCUUAGAUCGGCUUUCCACAGAAUUUCCUGAGAUGCGGUUCAGAUACACAUCCCCACAUCCUAAAGAUUUCCCUGAUGAUUUACUGUAUCUAAUGCGAGAGAGACAUAAUAUUUGCAAAUACAUCCAUUUACCUGCACAAACUGGGAAUAGCGCAGUACUUGAAAGAAUGCGUCGGGGAUAUACCCGAGAGGCGUACUUGGAUCUUGUGCAAAAGAUACGAAGAAUUAUUCCAGAUGUGGGAAUAAGCAGUGAUUUCAUAUGUGGUUUCUGUGGAGAAACAGAGGAGGAACAUGAAGACACGGUAACCCUUAUUAAGACUGUUGGUUAUGAUAUGGCAUACAUGUUUGCAUAUAGCAUGAGGGAGAAGACUCAUGCCCACAGAAACUACAUUGAUGAUGUUCCUGAGGAAGUCAAGCAGAGGCGACUGACCGAACUAAUUGAGGCUUUCCGUGAGAGCACAGGUCAAUGUUUCGACUCCCAGGUUGGAACUGUCCAACUUGUGCUGGUUGAGGGACCCAAUAAGAGAGCUCCUGAUACAGAGCUUAUUGGCAAGAGUGAUAGAGGCCAUAGAGUUUCAUUUGUUAAUCUGCCAGUACCACAUUGGGAUGAUGAUUUUAAUGGAAAACGGAAUCCCAUAGUUGGUGAUUAUGUGGAAGUUCGUAUAUUGAAGUCUUCCCGAGCAUCACUCUUUGGAGAGGCACUUGCAGUAACUAAAUUGAGUUCAUUUUACAACUAUCUGGGUGAAGAAGCUGUUGCUUGUGAAAGCAGAACUUGAAACAUCAUGGUUUUUGAAAUGAAAAUUUACGAGAUUAUUCUUGUUUGGCAAUGUGCAAGCAGAUCCUUACUGGGGAGCUAAAACGGUGAGGCCUUCUUGGGUCACAAUGAUGUGCUAAAUUGCUCUUGCCUUGAAAAUGGUUUAGGUGCAGAGACUAAGGUACAAAGUCUUUGCUUUAAUCUGUCAAAAAAAGAAAAGAAAAAGUCUAGCUUUGAAAUUAUCACUAAUAACUUGAAACUUCAACAUCGUAUAGAGAUGCAACGUUAUUUUUUGUUCCACCUUCAAAUGUCACUGAUAGAGCUCAGAUGGAAGCAUAUGCAGGUUGACAAUUGUAAUUUGCAUUCCAUCAACUUUUUUGCUCAGGCACUUAUUUGUUCCUUUAAUGUGGAUCUUGUAGAUAAAUUUAUGAAA